AUGGCAGUCCAGUCAACCCAAUUCAAUGUCGCCAUCGUCGGCGCCGGUGUCGCAGGCCUUGCGCUGGCCAUGGCACUCCACCGGAAGGGGGUGCCAUUCACCAUCUAUGAAGAAGCAAAAGAGUACUCUGUUGUCGGUGCUGGUAUCGGAUUCGGCCCAAAUGGCAUGCAGGCCUUGGACAUGAUCCAGCCCGGGUUUCGUCCACUUUACGAGGCCACUUGCGUCGGAAACAAGCCCGCUGAUGCGCAAUGGGUCUUCUUCGAGGGCUAUCUGCUCGAGCCCGGCUUCGGCGGCGACCAACCUUGGAAUGGCAACCUCAAGUCCGCUUGGGGGCACAAAGACUACCUCCGCAAGUCUGCUCAUCGAAAGGAAUUGCUGGAUAUCAUGACAAGCUUCAUUCCCAUCGAGACCGUCAAAUUUAACAAGAAGCUCGUCUCUAUCAAGGAGCAGCCCGACAGAGUUAUUCUGGAGUUUGAGGAUGGCGAGGUUGCUACACACAGCAUCCUGGCAGGUUCUGAUGGUAUCGCGAGUACAGUACGGGAGUACCUCUUGGCGCCAACCUAUCCCGAUGAAGCAAAGCCGGUGUUCUCGGGUGCCUACUGCUACCGAGCUGUCAUCCCGAUGAACGAGGCGAACGAGAUUAUAGGGGAAAAGACCGAUGUAGCAAAGGUAUAUUUCGGUCCCGACAGGGGUGCUGUCUCGUACCGAAUUACCGGAGGCGAUGAGUUCAAUUUCCUUCUGGUCAAGGCUACGCCGAACAAGCCAUGGCCUCACCCCGGCAGGAUCACCAAGCCCGUAACAGUGGAGGAGAUGGUUGCAGACUUCGAUGGCGAUAACAUUGAUGAUCGUUUCCGCAGGCUGGUGGCCAAGGCGAAGCCGGUUAAGUGGGGUUUAUUCCACCACGCCAAGACCUCGACGUACUACAAAGACAGAGUCUGCAUCCUUGGCGACAGUGCGCACGCCUCCAUGCCCUUCCAGGCCGCAGGAGCAGCUCAAGGUGUCGAAGAUGCGCUCGUUCUUGCAUUCGUCCUUGAGGAGCUCAUGAAGAGCCCUACCAGGGGCUCUGAGCAGCUUCGUGAGAUCAAUGCAGGGCUCAAGGCGUACGACGCGGUCAGGAGACCGCGUGCUCAAAAGCAGCUCGACCGGGCCUUCGAGGUCGGCCAGAUGAUCUACUUUCAGCACCCCGAGUGCGGAAAUGACAUGAACAAGAUACUAGGCAAGUUGCAGAACGGCUGGUUGGACUGGUUGUGGUUCCCGGACUUGAAGGCCGAUGUCGACGAGGCAGUAGCUCAGACGCGCAAGGCACUUCCGAAUUAA